AUGAUUGUAUUAAAAUUUUCAUUGGGAGAUGGUGAUCAUCAGGAUGAAAGUGAUCAUCAUUUCAAAAUUCCACUCUAUACAAUGACGACGUGGAUAGAGUGCGAUAUUGAUCAAACGCAUCAUCAACAGGAUCGUCCGACGAGUGAAAACAAGAGUGCUAACAAUUUCAAUGAAUUGGCACGAGUAUUACUAGACCAUUUUGAAAAUAAUGACAUGAUUCGGAAAUCAUUUGGAGUUGUUUUAAACCAUAUACCUACUAUUCGGAAUUCCGAAUCUCUUAAAUAUUCAAUAAUUACUGAUGAAAGAGUAUUACUUGGUGGUAGGCAUUCAAAUGCAAAUCACAACAACGAUAAGGAAUUCAACAAACACAAAAUCAUGAUGGAAUAUUUUGUUCAUUUAUUUUUCUUGUACAGAGCCACUGAACAACGCAUUGAUGCUGUAAAUCUAGAUCUAGCGAUCGACCUUAUUUAUGAUCUGUGUAAAGAUAUUAAUCCCUACAAUGAAAUUUAUUGGAACGAGGAUGUGGAUAUAUUCUAUAUAGGUGACUACCAACGUUUGGUACAUUUGGAAAAAAUUAUUUUUGAUUUGUUUCCUCGAAUUCAAAAUGUAGCUAGGUCAUUAGCAACCACUUUUUUUGGUCAUGUUUGUAAAGCUUGGAUUGAAGCACAUUCAACUGUUAAGAUGAAAGACUUUACGGGAUUGAACUAUAACCCAAUUCUUGCUUUUUCGAAAUUUCUAAACUGCUAUGGCAUGUCUCCCUUCUAUUUUUUAGAUCGAUGUUGGCUCAUUAACUAUUGUCUUCAGCUUCUGUUCUCUAUGAACGAGAAAAUAUUGUUAUCACAAGAUCAAUUAGAUGAACUUUUUUCACCAGAGGACAUCACUUUCACCUAUGUGCCGACUCUCGAUGAAGAAUAUGGCAUGCUCUCCAAGGUUUUUAUGUUGAUGUUCGAGACGUGCCAAAUUGAAAAAGCCAACAAAUUAUUUGAGCACAUGUUGACACACAUACUGAAUGAAAAUUUCAAAAAAGCACAUUUGGAAAUAUAUUUAAGAUUUAGAGUUGAAGUUGAGUAUUUGGCCUGCUUUUCUCCACCAUUUGUUUCUUUUUAUAAGGCCAUCGAUUUUUUAAAUGGAAUUUCAAAGGAAUUGAACGACAACAAAGACAAACUCUCUGGAGAACUUUAUUCUUACUUGAUGUUUGAGAUUUUGUGCAAAAAGCUCAAGAAAUCGCAAGGUUUUGAGAUUGAGGCUGCCUAUUACGGCAUGAAGGAAUAUCUUUCCUCUACCUUUAAAGAUGAACUGAAAAAUUUCUGUGCCGAAAAUCAGGAAUAUUUCAAGACUGGUAUAAUUAAUUAUGCUACUGCUUAUGAAUUGACUUCUAAUAAUGACUUGUCUUCAUUCCAACUAUUGCUAAACACCACAGAUUGCUACAUAAUUGUUAAGUCCCUUAGAUCCAUAGCAGCUUGGUACGAUGAGAGAGGAAAUUCUAUCCAAUGCGUAAAACACCUCGAAAAAGCAAAUCACAUUUGUUCUACAUUGCAAACAACAGAACUAUUUUCUUGUGGAUAUUUUGAAUUGACAGAAAUGCUUUAUAAUUAUGCCAGCUCAUCCACAGCUAUGAAUAUUUUAAAGAAAAUGGAACUUUUGUGGCAAGGUUUAAACCAAAAAACAGCAUUCAUGUAUUACCCAAAACAACACAGAAUUUUGGUGUCACUUCGAGCUCGCUCUGCCAAAAAUGAUUUAGAGAAAAGAAACCUCUAUACAGAAUUAAUCCCGUAUCUCAAACGGAUUCUACGGUUGGAAAAAGAAAACGCAGAAGUCUUUGAUGAUCAUGAUUUCGAUUUCAUUCUGAAAUAUGGUGGAAAUGACACAAUUGAGAAGAAAACUGAGCUUUACCAAUACUAUGUUUCGAUUAUUAAGGAAAGAGCAAACAUUCUCAUCAAAACCGAACCCAAAAUUGCAUUGAAACUCUUUCGUGGGCUAAUCACGGACAAUAUUGCCAAUCACGAUCAUUGUUCUAUUAGGUUAUAUAUUCUCUCACUAUUUACAACACUCAAUAUGCAACAAGAAGCUUUUGCAUUGUGUGAUCAAUUGUUGGAUUACUAUGGCACCUACAGUGUUGUCAAGAUUAGGUGCUAUCAAUUUUUAGUGGACUACUACAAGCGACAGAUGAAAUACUCAACAUUGCAUGAUGAAGAAAUCAAUCUAUUGGACAAGUGCUUGUUGCACAUAAGCGCGGCAAUUGAGGUGUUGAAAGAUGACACCUCUGGCAAGAUCUCCGCCUUGUCUGAUUUUUUGCAAUGUUCACAAUCUGCCUCUUGCCUCUAUGCACAAUCAAAGGAAAAACGAUACAUUGUUAAAAGCGAGAAAUGGAAAACGUUGACCACCAAAUUUUCACAAGUUUUUGAAGAUCUUACACAUUUUAUUUCUGCGUUUGAUUAUUCCAAUGUUUAUACUCUUUCAACUCUUGAGAUUCUAAUGUAUUUAUACUCUAUUUUUAAAGAUUCUAAAAACCUUCUUAGCAUUGAACAGGUCAAAUCCAUAUUGAAAACUUCACUCACUCUCGCAGAACAUUUUGAAGAGGUUUGUGAAUUAUUUAAGAACUUCGAAAAGAUCUCUCGAUUAUUUGAGGUCUUGAGUAUGUUUUGUGUAGAGAUAGAAAGGUUUGAGGAGCACACAGUGCCUGUCAUACAUUACCAAUCACGAGAAAUUGACGGGUUGAUAUUUUUGGACGAACCUUUGAGAUUCGUGACUAACAACGACAAUGCGAAAGCAAAACCAACCUCAUUUGUGGAAAUUAGUUAUUACUUUCUAAGAGUCAUGCUGAAAAUUGCAAUUUUUUAUUGCAACUUUGCUCCCACAAACUAUUUAGUGCGUGUUUACAAGAAAAUGUUUUCUCUGCAUCGCAAAAACAAGACCUUGUCCAAAGCUUUUUUUGAGGAUCAAUUUUAUCUAUGGAAAGAUUCAGUUCUAGAUGUAAACGAUAUUGAAUUAAGUAUUCAACGUGACCGUAAUAUUGAUCUCUAUAAGAAAACUGCUAAAUUUUCAAAAAAAAAAGAUGGAAUUGAGAUUGUUAAAUUUCCAGUGAUCAAAGACAUUUCUUUAAUAGAGGACUCAAUCAAACUUGCGGAUUUAAGACAAAACGAUCUCUUUUAUCAAGAAGAGUUUUCUCCCUGUAUUUCUUUAAUUCAAUUCUACCAAAAACUCUUUGCCAUAAAUUUCAGAGAUGGCGAGUUCUUUGAAAAUAUAAUAGAAUCAUUCACAAAGUUGAGAGCAGUUCGAUCCAUGAAGCAUUUAGAGCAUGUGACUGGACUUUCAGGUCUGCAUGAUAAAUUUUUCUCAAGCGUUCAACUGAUUGAAAUUGCUGACAAUUUCUUAGUGUUUCUGGGGGUUGGAGCAGACAGAGUUUACAUUUAUGCGACAUUGGACGACCUUGAUUUAUUUGAAAUAUCAACCGAAGAUCGAGCGAAACUAUUUGAAGAGUUUUUAUUCCAAUCUUUCUUUGGAUUGAUGGAUGCAGGACGAAAACUCGGGUUCUUGUCGUGUGGACUGAACUCAGAAGGAGAUGCCAUCUAUUUACAUACAUAUUAUGAUUUAAGAUGUGCUAGUUUUUCCACAUUACUUUUCACUGUUCAAGGCUUCAUUCUCGCAGUUGAAUAUUGGAGAGAAAUUAGUAAGGAGAUUCUCUUAAAGAAGACAAUCAAGAAGAGUCCUUCGACCAAUGUACGACAACGAAUGUUAUCGAAUACCUGCAAUUCCACGAACAAUACCAUGAAAAAGUAUGGCCUCACAAAAAAGCAAGCCACUCUUGUGAACAGUAUUAUUGACCUCAUUGAGCAUAAAAAACAAGUGAGUCCAAGACCAUCUGUGGUUGGAGCAGUUGCGGCCUCCUCUGAACUAACGAAUGGUACAGAAGAUGCAAACAAUCAUGAUACUCAAUCCACUAGUAGUAGUAAUCAUCAAUCUCUAUUAGACACAUUCAUAUCGAGUACACAUGAAGUAUUGAAAUCAUAUUUAGAGAAAUCAAUGGAUGACCUGAUUGAAGGAGAACUUGAAAAACAAGCAGCAAGUGAGAUUAUUCUCGAUAGUUAUUACAUACUUUGUUUCAUGUCUGACAUGUAUUACAAGGGCCAGCUGGAUAGCACUCAAAAAGCAAAUUUACUUCUUGACCGAUUAGGAACGUUUCUUGCCAUUCCAGGAGGACUUCAAUUUUCUGAAGAUCGAUUGUGUGCUGUGGCGACCAAUUCUUACAGUAUUUUUAUUCAACAUCAACAAUAUCCAUCCUCAUCGUCUCAAAUCCGUGCCAUUGAUCACAUUUUUGUGUUUUCAAUGUUUACGGUAAACAUUGUUGACGUUCACAAGAAGGAUCUUAUUUACACGUAUUUAUUGAAAAGAAAUUUAUUGGGAAAGAAUUGUGCAAGUGGUGGCAUUGGAAUUCGAAAAAACAGUUCCAAUCCAGACAGGUUAACCAUUUGUUUAUAUGUACCUAUUAGUGUGGAGUCGGCAAAGGAGACAGCUCUUAUUGACAUGCUACCAGAAUUUUUACAGGAAUAUAAUGUAUUGUUGGAAGAUUUGGAAAAGAUGUUGGCUGACAGAAGUUGUUAA